AUGGCCGCCGCCACCGGAUGGCUUUGGUCGAGGAGCACCUCCGCCUCCUCCAUGAGGACCUCCUGCGAACCUCCUGACCUCGAGGUCGAAGUCGUCGACAUCACGUCGGCCUCGGCCUCCUCGGCCUCCACCGCCGCCGCCACCUCGACCUCCACCGCCUCGCCUGACCUCGAGGUCGCCGGCAUCACGCUUGCGUCUUCCUCCGCGACCUCCACGACCUGGCAUUGGGGGAAGGCCACCUCGACCAGGCCCUCCGAUGAACUUCCUGACCUCGAGGUCGAAGUCAUCGAUAUCGCGCUUAUGUCUUCCUCCGCGACCUCCACCACCUGGCCUUGGGGGAGGGCCACCUCGACCAGGCCCUCCGGCGAACCUCCUCACCUCGAGGUCGAAGUCAUCGACAUCACGUCGGCCUCGUCCUCCUCGGCCUCCACCGCCGCCGCCGCCUCGUCCUCCACCGCCUCGCCUGACCUCGAGGUCGUCGGCAUCACGCUUAUGUCUUCCUCCGCGACCUCCACCACCUACCCUUGGGGGAGGACCACCUCGGCCAGGCCCUCCGAUGAACUUCCUAACCUCGAGGUCGAAGUCAUCGACAUCACGUCGGCCUCGUCCUCCACGACCACCACCACCACCACUGGGUCUUGGGUGAGGAGCUCCUCCUCCGCCGCCGCCGCCGCCUCUUCCACCAGCUCGCCUCACCUCAAGGUCGUCGAGAUCUCUCUCGUCCACGAAUUGUUCAGCUUCGUCUCUCUCCUCGAGCUCUUCGGCGUCUCGAACAGCGAGGAAAGGAGCGGCCUCCUCGGUGCUGGCGACAGCGAGGGUCGCUGCAGCAGCGAUGAGGACGGCUGA